GCGCUCCAUUUAGUCUGAUCACAGUGUAACAUCCCAGGUGAAAAGUUUGUAUUCUAGUGAGUAAGUCACAGAAGAGACAAAACGUAUAUUAGAUAUAAGACUCUCUACUCAUACAAUAAGACUCUUGACUUAACUGUAUUUCAAACUUAAUACGUAGGAAAUUCUAUCAGACGUAUAACUCCUGGACUUUAUAGAAACUAUUUACGGAAGAAUCCUGCUAUUAAUGAUUAGACAACUAUAAACUUUAGUUACUGUGGAAGUAUGAUACAAGCUACAUUUGGAGACUUCACGAGGAUCUGAACCAGCACUACGUCAGCUACCAACUUUAUUACAAACUAACAAGUUCCGACCUGUAGAAUCAGAUUCAGAAUGAGACAUUACAUUCUCCUGGCAGUGCUGCUUUGUAGCUAUUUAGAUACCAGCUUAACAGAAACAGCAAAGUCACUCUCUGACACCCCAACAGCGUCUGCCAAAGAAAUCUCCAUAACAAACAUUGAGCAGCAAGCAACAAAAGCAGACUCUCCUGGUGCGUCGGGAUCAGCUUCAGGAAAAAGCUAUUUCCAAAAUGCCGAUGCUCAUAGCGAGAUUGAACCAGCUCUUGGCGAUGCGUCUGACAUCGGGGACGAAUCGCAGCUAGACUCCAUACCUGGGAGAAGCGGAUUCAACGCGUACGGGAUAGUGGAUCCCAAUGCCAUCACUGAAGAAGAAAGUGGCGUAUCAAACACACAGCCAGGUGAAAUGUGGACCAUUCCUUUAACACUGUGGAUUCCGGAGGAUUCUACUAAAAAUGGCGAAGUUCCAACCAAUGACAACCCGGUAGAUGACUAUUUAGACUCUAAGGAAUCGUCUCAGGAAAACGUUGAUAAAAGACCUUUCGAUAGAAUAGGUACAUCUAGCUUUACAAGUUUUGGCAAAAGACCUUUUGAUAGAAUAGGUACAUCUAGCUUUACAAGUUUUGGCAAAAGACCUUUUGAUAGAAUAGGUACCUCUGCAUUUACCAGUUUUGGUAAAAGACCGUUUGACAGGAUAGGUAAUUCUGCAUUUGCCAGUUUCGGUAAAAGACCGUUUGACAGGAUAGGUAAUUCUGCAUUUGCCAGUUUCGGUAAAAGACCUUUUGACAGGAUAGGUAAUUCAGCAUUUACCAGUUUUGGUAAAAGACCUUUUGACAGGAUAGGUAAUUCUGCAUUUACCAGUUUUGGUAAAAGACCCUUUGACAGGAUAGGUAACUCUGCAUUUACCACUUUUGGUAAGAGACCUUUUGACAGAAUUGGUACCUCUGCAUUUACCAGUUUUGGUAAAAGACCCUUUGACAGGAUAGGUAAUUCCGCAUUCACCACUUUUGGUAAAAGACCUUUUGACAGAAUAGGUAGUUCUGCAUUUACAAGUUUCGGUAAAAGACCUUUUGACAGGAUAGGUACCUCAGCAAUUACCAGUUUCGGUAAAAGACCCUUUGACAGGAUAGGUAAUUCUGCAUUCACCACUUUUGGUAAAAGACCUUUUGACAGGAUAGGUAGUUCUGCAUUCACCAGUUUUGGUAAAAGACCUUUUGACAGAAUAGGCACCUCUAGCUUUACUAGUUUUGGGAAACGAGAAGAUGAAGAAGGGGCUGAAAAUUUUGAAGUGACCUCUGUGAAUCAUUUAGAAGAUGCAGGCAAUGCUAAAAUGAAAGAAGCAUCCAAUAAAGGCAAUUCCUCCUUGAGGAAAAAACGAGCUCUUGAGUCCAACUCAAAAACAGAAAGAAAAGAAGCUGCUAUAGUGAAAAGGGAAGCCGAAAAACGAACAGCUGAAGGGGAGCUUACGCUCAGCAUGGUUGCCAACAAUGCUGAUCUAUCUGGUCCCAUUUCUAAACGUUUCUCUGGCACCUUCAAUAGAUUGGACAAUGAGGGCGAUGACAACUCGAAUGAGAUUUCAUCCGACAAACUUGACGAGUUCUUGAAUAAAAGGAGAUUUGAUUCUAUCAGUGACUCAAGCGCAUUCAACCGUUUUGGGAAACGUCGUUUUGAUAGAAUUUCUAAGAAUUCGCAAUUCAAUCCCUUCGGAAAGAGGAGAUUCGAUAGAAUAUCCUCUAUAUCGGGUUUUGGAAAGUUUGGCAAAAGGAAAUUCGACUCAAUAGCUGACGGCUCCAGAUUCAGCAGUUUUGGAAAACGACGAUUCGACAGAAUAAGUAGCGGCUUUAGCCAUUUUGGAAAGCGACGAUUUGAUAGAAUAGACAGAGGUAGCGCAUUUUCAAGAUUUGGAAAGAGGAAUUAUCCUUUUAAUUUAGGAAAAUCCUCCUUUGAUCGCAUUGACAAGAAUAGCGCCUUUAAUGCAUUUGGUAAACGAGACUGGGAACCAGUUAUGAUUGAUGAAAAUAUGUUAGAACCAACCUAUAGUCAGGAUUUAGAUUUGGUGCCAGAAAAUAGCCGUAGUUUCUCCAAACCUUUCAAAGUUUUGAUAGAUUCUCCGUGGCCUGAACAACAUAUCAACAACGCUAACGAAGGACUUGGUUACCACGACGACGAGGCAGAGAAAGGUUUAACAGAUAUGGAUGAAAGUAGCGACGAGGAAGCUAAACAGUUAGUUAAAUAUCUUCUGAAUCUCUAAACGCUACAAUUUUAAAAAAUUGAGUACUUUAAUUACUUGUACACCAAGACUUUCAAUUUUAAAAAGACAAUGAAUACAUAUUUUGUAUUUAUAUUUAGCUUUUGUGAAUUACCAUGAUUAUUAUAUGUUUAUAUGAAACCCGCCAACUUUAUUAAUUGUUGAAAUUGAGAGAUCAAAUAAAUCAUUCCCAGAGAAACUUGUUUAUCAUUGUAUAUAAAUAAAUCCUUUAAGUUAUGUUGAAAUAACAUGGCAUUCUUCUAUUAAAACUAGAAUGUUUUACAGAAUGAAGACAAAUUGUGGACUAACACAAACAUUUUAAAUAGACUAGGGAUGAUAUUGAGUCUCAAGAGUCUGUAACAAAAGUUAACAGAAUAGACUCUUUUUAGAUUUUGUGAUCGUUGCUGUUUAUUUCUUUCCAAUAAUGAAUUUUUAUUAUGUUUGAAAAAAAAAUAUUUUUUUUUGUUAGAACUAAGCUAGUUACAUUUAUAAUGAGUGAGUCUGUGCUUCUCAAACUGUUUUUAAACAAAUGCCUCCCAGUGAGGACAAGUGAACUGAAGUACUACAGUCAAUGAAUCGUUCAUUAUGUACAGUAACAGAUUUCUUCGUUGGUUAUUCUUUCCAUAAUGUGUCGGUCUCACCAGUCACUCUGUGGUUUACAUCGCCGCUUUCAGAUUCUGGUAAACUUGUUAACACUUGAUUAUGAAAAUAGGUUAAUAGCUAUCUAUUGUUAGUUUCAAAUUUUAAAGGGUGACCUAAUUCUCUACAAAAGGUAUAAAAGGGGAGUAAGUUAACUUAUACCACCUCCUCUGUUAAGUACAUUUGUUUCCCUGUUCGAUACCAAACAAAAAAAAAACAACUAAUUAGCAAUUAUGAAUUUUGUCAAGUACAAGAAAUAAUGGUCCAAACUUUGGACUUCAUUUAAGAUUCUGUAUGGGAGAACUAGCGUGUACCAGACAGAUUUGGUUGAUUUAAGCUUUGUACAAAUAUAAAAACGAAAAGAUGAGACAUUGAUUCUUAAAAUGUAAGGAACCACAUGAGUAUCACUUGACAGAGAGGUAUGCGUGCCACAGUUGGAAAAGCACCUAUCUAUAUCACGUGAUAUGUUGCCCUAUGACUCGUUGUUCAGGAACAAUAUUUGCUUUAAAUCUUUUAUUUAUUUCUUUAGUAGUGCAUACUUUAACUUUUAAUAGUCGACUCUCUUAGCUAAGCGUAUACGUCAUAGUGUUAAGAAAAAAAAUAUAAUAAAUUAGUAUAAUAGAAGAUGGAAUAUAAGAGCAUACAUACUACAAUGAAGGUGCUGUAAAAUCUGUUCAUUGACAAAACACUGGACAUUAAAAGUUUAUAAUACUAAAUAUAUACAAAGAGAAGACAUACAAAAACGUUAACUUUUUCCUAAUGUUGCUUAUUUCUUACAAAUCUUAUAUCAACUCACUCUGUCUGUCUGUCUGUAUGGUAAAAAAAGUUUGUCAACGUUAUUUCUCCCACAUCCAAGCUCGGAUUAAGCAGAAAUUUUGCACAAUUAUUUCUUUUACCUGAUAACAGAAGAAUCAAUUUAAAAAAUUAACCAAUAAGUUCAUUAACUAUUGGUAAUUAAUUAUUGUGUUUGGUAUCUUGAACAAAGGAAAGAAAUCGUACUUGACUGGUGUGGAGGUAUAAGUAGAAUUAGUCCCUUUGAGGACUUGAGCCAUGAAUGAACAUUUUGUAUGCGUUUAAAAAACGAUCAUUUGAACAUUCAGCAAGAUACCCCCCUUCUUCCGUCACCCAUUCCCAGCUGGCCCAGACACGUGAUAGGAUAGCGCAUUGAGAAUGCUAAAAACUCAACAAACAAUUGAUAAAAAUAUUUCUAAGUGCACAGAUUUAUGAUGUCUAGGUCAAUAGAUGACAUGACAAUUACAUUUCAUAUAAGCUUGGUUUUUUUUAAAAGUAUUUUUUAUGUUUUUCUUGCUUUCGUUUAUCCAUUUUUUUAACUAUUUUCUUCUUGCUAUUGUGAUAAUGGUUUCUCCAUUCCAAAAAUGUGAUUCUACACCAAGAAGAGUUCUACGUUUGUUUCAACUUUUCAAGACUCGGAAACAAGAGAGUGACCUAUAUUCUGAAUAAAGUUUUGGCCAUGUAUUCAGACAA